GAAGUAUUUGUGAUUUGGCAGGUAAUUCAUCCCAAUCACAUCUACUCCCGAUGUAUUGGAGAACAUGGAACCUGGAAAAUCGUAUUGUUAGGUACGUACCUAAGGUCAAGGGACGACAGGACCCCACGUUGACCCCAGUCCCUGCACCGUUGGCCCACUAACGUCACUGGAGAAUGCGAUCGGAAUUCGUGACUAGAUUCAACCCAAAAGGUGCGUUCCAUUUUCAGACACUUUGAACAUCACACCAGACCUUCGCAGCAUUCAAAAGUUUUUACCUCGAGGGAUCUCUGCCCCGAAGCCCUCAGCAACCCUUCUCACGAUGGCGGAUCAGUUGAAGGAUCCUUUACCGACCUUCGUCGAGGACUUUGGCAGCGACGAGCGCAUCUCCUUCUCCAAGCUCGACAACAAGUACUUGGCUGUCCUCGACGACGGCACCGAGCUCGAGUUCGACCCGGCGACAUCUACGUGGGCCGAGGCCGCGGAUGAACCCAUAGAACCACUCGACGACGAAGACGAGACCGCGGCGCAACUGGCUGACCUGUCGAGAGCCGGCGCCGGUCCGAGUUACAGCAAUGGAGGCAGCAACAACCCAAGGAAACGGAAGGACUCACCCACGUCAGGAGAUGCGGGUGGCAACGGCGGCAGCAGCGGCGGCGGCGCGGACAGACAACAGAGCGGCGGCGACGGUAAUGGCGGUAACGACAACGGCAACGGCAGGGCGCGGCCAGCAAAGAAGGCCAAACCGGCCCGCGCACCGCCGCCGCCGCGCCAGAACACAGCCGUCUACGUCACGGGUCUACCCGCCGAUGCGACCGUGGACGAGGUCCACGACCUCUUCUCCCGAAAAGCCGGCGUGAUUGCCGAGGAGAUUGACAGCGGCCGGCCGCGCAUUAAGAUGUACACGGACGAGGCCGGCAACUUCAAGGGCGACGCGCUCGUCGUCUUCUUCAAGCCGCAGAGCGUCGAGAUGGCCAUCAUGCUGCUGGACGACACCGAGUUCCGCUUCGAGCCGGGUCCGGCGGGGGCAACAACACCCAGGAUGAAGGUCCAGGCUGCCGACUCGAGCUAUAAAAAGACAAAGUACGACGAGGACACGAACGGCGCGGAAGGGGGGGAUAAGAAAGGGGAUGGUGCGGCGGCCGCCGCUCGGCCGCAGCGGAGCGCCAACAACGGGGACAAGCAAAAGAUUAUCCGUAAGACGCAAAAGAUGGCCGCGAAGCUGGCGGACUGGAGCGACGACGACGUGGCGGCGGCACCCGUAGAAAGCACCUCGAAGCGCAACCGGACGGUGAUCCUGCGGCACAUGUUCACGCUGGCGGAGCUGGAGGAGGACCCGGCGGCGCUAGUGGAGAUCAAGGAGGACAUUCGGGACGAGUGCGGGAAACUGGGGAGGGUUACCAACGUGGUGCUAUACGACGAGGAGCCGGACGGCGUGGUGGCGGUCAAGUUUUCGGAUACGCAGGCCGCGCAGGCGUGUAUCCAGCUCAUGCACGGGCGGGCGUUUGACGGGCGGAUCGUGGAGGCGAGUAUAGCGAAGCCGAGGGAGAAGUUUAAGAUGUCCAGGGGACAGGUCAGCGAUAGCGACUAGGUACUCUGUGGUUUCCGUCUUAUUUUGUUUGGGACGGUUGGUUUCCGGAUUGGGAGGCUUUUAUGUAUAGAAUUGUAUUACUGCAGACCGCAAGGACGCAUUUUGCGG